AUGCCUACACACGCCAGUCCACCCCGCCAGCCGACCUCACCCACCACAUCCGAGCGGAACCACCCAAACAUGGACAUCCCAUCCGACCCGAUCCCCAAGAACUUCGACGCUGCCAACGCACCCAACCUGCCCGAAAUCGAGAAACAAUUCGCAGUCCGAUGCAUCGAGCAAGCCGAGACGUACUGGAACCUGUUGGGCGCCAAGAAGCCGAGCAACAUGAAGCUGACCAAAUACGAUGACGAGAUCUUCAAGGCCUUCCAGGAGGCCUUCCCCGACAUGGCCAGCAACAAGGACGGCAAGUUGCAGAAGAUUGAUGAGGCUGUCCUCAAGAGUCCCGAGGGCAAAGAGGCCUGGCGGAAGUACAUCAAGCUCUUCGAGUCCACCGUGACCGACUACAACUUCGGGACGUUGAUCCGGACGAACUCGCUGGAGGACUACACCGAGAAGAACACCAUGUUCAUCACCCGCAUCCAGUUCUAUGCGAUCGAGAUCUGCAGGAACAGGCUCGGACUGAACGACCAUGCCCACCAACUGGCCAAGAAGGAGUGGAAGGCCAAACAGGCCAAGCUCGGAUAG